AUGCGAAAAGAGAAUGGAUCCACAUAUAUAUACCCCAACAAUAUACAACCCGGCUGGACCGAGCUUAAAGUGGGUGUGCUAAUGCCCUUUCAUCAGCAAGGAAAUAAUUAUACCCGAGAGUUGACAUUGACAGGUACCUCGGCCAUUCGUAUGGCUGCUGAGGAAAUCAAUGCCAAACAAUUAAUACCCGGUGCCUACAUCACCUUGGUGGAGCGCGACUCUUUUCCAAAGCAAGUCCAAGGUCAAGAAGGUAUCACCCAAGCUGUAUUCGCCGCCGUCUCUCUCAUUCAAGAAGGUGUCAUUGGCGUCAUUGGAGACAUUUCUUCGUCAUGGACUUCGUUGUCUGCGCUCAUGACAAGCACCCUUCGCAUUCCUCAAUGUUCCUUCAGUGCAGCUGCAACUUCGUUAUCGGAUAAGACUCAAUACAGUUACUUCUUUCGCACUAUACCAACCAAGCUGUUGUAUGCUGAUGCCGCGAUUUCCUUCCUUGUGAGCCAAGGUUGGCCGACGCUUGGUAUCCUCUAUACGAAUGACGACUCUGGGCAGCAGUUAUCCGAAUCAUUGGUCAUGAAAUCGAAAGCAAAGGGGAUCCACGUCAAGGCAUAUCAAAAGUUUUAUGAGGAUGGUCCACAAAGCGAUAUCCAAGGGCCUAUCAACACAUUGAUGAAUGAUGGCAUCAAGAUUGUCUUUGUGGCGGCUGAAGGAGACGCACAAGUGGCAGCUUUGACCGUUGCAGCUAAUCUCGGCCAUAUCAACAACAGCACUGUUUGGUUGACUACCGGUACCAUAGCACAAUCGCUCGCUUCGGCAACACGCCAAUUCAAUGAUGCGAUACAGAAAAGAAAAGAGAGCGAGCAACAACAAGAACAACAACAACAAGGCACGACACUAUCAUCCACGGCUUAUAAUGUCACAGCAGACACAUCCAACGCUAUUUUAUAUGCAGCUGCAACCGCCAAGAACUUGGAGCCCAUUGAUUUUGAAAAGACGUAUGCUGGAGGCUUGUUUUCGUUUGAAUCAACACUUGAUCUGAAAGGGUACCCACCUUACGAGUCAUUUCUCGAUCGAUGGUCACAGCUCGAUCCAACCAUAUAUCCCUAUGCUGGACGACAUGUGCUGACAAGGAAUGAAGGGCUUGCCUAUUCAUGUAUGAUGGUGAUGGCAUAUGGGUUUAAUCAGACAAUCAACAACUCUACGGAUCCAACAACAGCUCUGAAAUCCCUGGCAUCAGGCAAACUUGGUCAAUACUUGAAGCCAAACACGUUCAACACUAGCUUUGUUGGCCCAGCUGGACCCGUUUUAUUCGAUCAAAAUGGGGAUGUGAUGACUGGCAAUUUUCGUGUGCACAACAUCCAACAAGGCAAUCAGGUGCAGAUCGGCAGUAUUACAGCGGGGGAUUUGACAUUGACAUCGGCACCCAUGUACCAUGAUGGAACAAGCACACCUCCCCAAGGAAUGCCCACUCGAGUGAAUCUCAAUCCUGGUUAUGGCUCGCCGACAUCCAUUGCUAUUGGUGCAAUUGCUGCAUUCGGUGCCUUGGUAGCGCUCAUUAUCAUGGCCAUUGUCAUUUUGUACAGAAAACGUGAAGUAUUCAAAGCUGCCAGCCCCCUAUUUUGUGUUUUGGAGCUACUUGGAUUUACGUUGAUGUAUACAGCCAUCAUAUGCUACACAGCCAAGCGAAGCGUGAGCGAUUGUAUCAUGAUCCCUAUCACAGUUCAUAUUGGAUUCACAUUGGUGCUUUCGAACCUGAUCGCCAAGAAUUAUCGGAUUUAUCGAAUCUUCAACAAUGUCUUCAUCACAAAGACCGUCGUCACUGAUUUUCAUUUGCUCAAAGUGUCCGGCAGCAUCUUGUUCAUUGUGUCGUCUCUUUUAGUGGCCUGGCUUUCUACGAGCAAGAUAAUUACCAUCGAAGUGCCAUUAUCACGUACCACCUAUUAUGUGCAAUGCUCAUAUCAAGGAUCUGCGAGCUCCGUUUUCACCACAAUCCUUACUGUGGUGGCUGGUAUCCAGCUCCUAUUUGCGACAUUUUUGGCGAUCAAGACGAGGACGGUUGGAAAGCGAUACUCCAAAUACAGCGAAUACAGGCAAAUUGGUAUCUCAGUAUACAACAUUUUCUUUUCAGCAUUGAUCGGCUUUGUCAUUUACUCAGUACCCACCACCGAUUACUAUACACGCCACUACCUGACAGCAACCACCGUAUUAUGGGCAACCACUUUUUCAAUGAUCGUACUCUUCUUUCCCAAGCUCCUCUUGUUUUUCAAAAAGGGCCAGCAAUAUGAUGCAUCUGCCAACGCAGGAGGUAGACGACCCGAUGUUUCAGGACGAUUACGACCCAUGGCAGAUCGCCUAUCCAAUCCUCGUCAAAUAGGGGGUGGUGGUGGACCUCCUGGUGCUGAAGAAACCUUUACCAAGAACCGAGAAUUGAUCAGUAUCAAUCGGAUGCUUGCAAGUCCCAACCCAUUGGGAUCAACGUUUAUGCCAGGAAGGAAGAACUCCGUGGUGCCUCAUCACUUGUCCAAUAAUGAUUCCAUUUUGGAAGCCCACGAGGGCCGUAUGCCAGUUCAAGUUGUUUUUCGAUAUUUUCCAUUACUCGGUGCUUGGGAUAUGAAGCAUGUGUUUCUUUUUCCACGUGUGGGAUACUUUUCAUUUUACUCGGAAAAGUCUAACAAGGGCGAAGUGCUUGGGUAUUAUCGGGCAUCGGUGGUAUCUAAUAAGGAGGAUGCAUACAUUUUCAAGGUCCAUGGUCGUGGCAUGUAUGAUGUCCUUCUUCAAGUGGGUAGCCAGCAAGAAUUGGAGCAAUGGUGUGGAUGGUUCAAUUACCAGAAUGGUUCGGCCAAUAAUUGGAUGUUCCAACAACAACAAAGCGUCUCCACCAAUACAUGCGUGACGACACAAGCAUCCAAUACAAGCACUGCUGAUGGAAGCACCAUGGUCGGUGGAAGCAACAAGAACUUUAAGGAUUUCAACUUGGAGCAACAAAGCGGCUCGUCUCAACAAAAUCUGUUUUCUUUGGAGGAAGGAGAAGAGAGUGGAAUCACCCUUGACAGUUGUAUGAAUGCGCCCAUUGUAUCAGAAUCAAUAGCACCCUAUCGAACUUCCAAUCAUUUCCAUCAUCGCCAUAUUCCUUCAAGAGAGGAUGAAGAGUUUGAGGAUAUUGGAUUGCAGGAAUUGCCACCGAGGAGAAGAUAG